CGAAACUCUCCACCAUGGUGCACCAGCUCUCUCUAGUAUCCACAAUCCCCCACAGCAGCUACGUCCAGACCAUCUCCACGCUCCAGGCGUUGACGGGACUCACGUCACCCCAGCCGGUGUCCACCUACACGUUGAUUUGCAAGCCCAUCAACAAGUUUAAGCCCAAGUUUGUUCCUGGCAAAGUCAACCAAAUAGAACAGUAUUUCAUGAAAUGUAUCACCACCUGGGAUGACUUGGACUCCUUCGACCUUGCCACGCCGUACUUGUCUGACCGAGUUUCCACCUCCAUUCUCUUCAACAGCGACUCGGCCGCCAACACAAAGAAAAUAUGGACUCUUCAAAUCAGUGACAUUCCAAUAGCUGGAAAGAACCAGACUUGUUCAGCACAAAACAUCUUCGAAAGCACCCUAGUGCAUACCCACACAGCUUCACGAAAGGAUGCUGGUGACGAGAAGGACUCGGGUGAUCUCGAUAAAGACUCGUUUCUACAGUUCUUGGAAGACUUGGGAUACAACUCCAUUAACCAGUUUUGGAUCAAAGGCGUCCGGUUCUUCCAUGGUGAUAUAGUCAUCGAGAUCUUCAAGGUGUUUGUGCGAGACGAUGCCAAUAAGGAUUCACCGUCGGACCUGAUUCCCUUAAAGCUCUUGGAUGAAUCCAAUGGUUUCCAGAUAAAAGCCUUUAUCAACGUUCCCAAGUCCACAGAUAUAGAUCUCAUUACCCAGGGGUCGGCCGAGUUGGCGAAGCUUCAGGACUUCCUCAAAAACCUCAUUCAGUUGGAGAUUCCCGACAGGAUAUUUAUGGAUUCAAGAGUGCAAAACUAGUGGCUUAUAUAUUAAUGUACAAAGUUCAUGUUCGUUAGGGUCAAUCCUGCGGUAUUUUGUAUUUGAUGACAAAGAAGCCGUUGUGACUAAACCCGACUUCACCCUUUUCAGGAUCGAUUUCGUUGUCUACUCUCUCGAUCUGGGCCUGUAAUGCCUUUAGUGUAAGCGGUGGUUCUGGUCUGUUGUCGGGCCUUAGAAGCCGGAAAAUAUUGUCAUUGUUUGACUUGGAAACCAUUUCGUUGGGUCCGUACAAGGAUUUUAUGAACGAUAGUUGGAGAUUUAGUGAGUCUAUAAGUGACUGCUUAGAAACUGCCGAUUCGUUCAACCCCGACAACUUGAGUAAUUUUUGCAAUUCUUCUUCACCGACAAUUGGUUCGGGAUUAGGAUGGAUCACAUUCUUCACACUUCGUGUCGAAUGGCCAACAAAGUGCUUGAUAGUGUGCUUGUUCAAAGUGUUCUUGAUGGAGCUCAUGGGGUCUGCAACUUUUCUGUCGCGGU